AUGGUGAGGGGCGGGGAUCCAGGGGAUGAGGAUGGAGGGAGCAGAGAGAGCGGCCCGUUCUGGAAGCUUCCCGUCUUGAAGACUGGGGACCUCGGCAAGCUCGGCCCCGGCGUCGGCUUCGGCGCCGGCUGCGGCGUCGGUUUCGGCGUGGGCCUGUUCGGAGGUCAGCUGACUAGAAUAACCCUUUGAUCCCCUUCCUCUUCCUCCAUCGGCCGACCCCCUCUUCUUUCCUUCUCAAGAACUCUUAUACUAUGCGGUUUUAGUUUAGGGUUGCGCCGGGGCACUGGUACGCUUUGGCCUAAUUAUUGCUGAAUUCUUGUGGUUUAUGAUGAAAGGUGCUGGAGUUGGGCUGGGAUUCCCUGGCUUGAAGUUCGGGUUUGGCGCCGGCGCGGGUUGCGGUGUCGGUCUGGGAUUCGGCUAUGGCCUGGGGAAAGGCGUCGCGACGGAUGGGAACCAGAGAUUUUCCAAUGUAGGGUACGUUAUUGGGGAUCGAUCUUCUCAGUGAGUACAUCACGAUACCUCAAUCUUCGACUUCAUAGACAAUGUGCAUGAGCUUGGGGAUAUGGAUCGAUUGAAAUUUUCGAUAUCAGGCCGCGGCUGCAGCCCUGUUUUCCCCUACCUGAUUCCUUAGAUCCGAGAUUUGAAUGUUCGUUUUGAAAUACAGAUUAUUGGUGGCAUAAUUUCGUAAGAAAAGGACGGAGAAGGAACAUAUUUUGCAGAUAAACAAUCGACUGCUAUUCUGAGAAGAUCAUUUCAAGCAUUUGCAUAGAAUAAUUGAAGCGGAGAAGGAUUCAAGCAGCUUUUUUUUUCACAGUUUUUCAACUGAGCCCAUGAAUUGGAAAAAUGCUUUUGUUUCAUACCUUGCAAACAGUCGAUUUCCUAUCAAUUCAAAAGUGAAGAUCAUAUUAAGUAUCAAGUAUGUAGAAGAUUACGUCCUAGCAAUGUGUGCAUAGGAAAGAUCAUGAACCAGGUUGACUUCAUGAGUCAAAAGAGGAUUUCAGUAAUGGGCUGGAAGAUAUGCUUCCUGAGAACGAUUUGAACGGUGACAUCGAAUGUCCCUCCAUGAUCCACUUUAGAACUCGAUGGAUUCAGGAUUUUCGUUACAGCUCUUGCUGUUAUGAAAACCAGAAGCCUUUUUCUAUUAUUUCCUCACCUCACCGUCUUUCCUCAGCAGAUGAUGCUUGUUCAGGUACCCCAGUGGAGUCCAUCUGAUCGUAUGAACUGGCUUCCCUUUCCCCAGUCCACAAGUGCUGCUGCAUUCUCAGGGACAUUUCAUACAAGAUUAAGAUGAAGAAAUUCAAGAAGUAUUAGAUCUUUGAUAUCUUUCUCCAUUCUGGAAGAUGGGGCUGGUUCUAAAGCAACCACCUUUUAGAAAUGAAAAAAAUGGCCUAAAAAAUAGUCAUCUGCUCUCUCUCUCUCUCUCUCUUUCUCUCUCCUUCCCUCUACUUGUUUUCCAGGAAUUAAUUAUUUUUUGGAUUAUUUAUUUCCCCAGAAUUUCGCAAACUGAAAUGUGGCUUUUUGUUUUCUAUUUUCUGGUUAUUUUCUGCGCUCCCAGGGACCGGAUCUUCUCUGUGCUUGAUGACCUUGUGGAGAAUUCCAAGAGUGUAGCGAAGGCUGUUUCCAUGAGCAUUGAAGAGUGGAGGGCGAAGUGA